UUCUAUUAUCAUCAAUUUUGCAUAUGAUUAAUAACUUAAUAAAUUUCAAUAAGUAAAUGAUAUAUUAGCUCUAAUGACACUGGAUUGUCAAAUUAUUAUUUACACGAUAUGAACACUGAGGAUUCUUUUAUUGAAAAACCAGAAUUUCAUGGAUUUGACAAAAAUACAAGUUUUGACCGUUCAUAUGCGUUUUUGAUCAAUGAUAGCAAUCAAAAACAGACAUCUAACAAACCACUGGAAAUGCUGUCCUCAACUUUCGUGCCAAUGAAAUUAAAUGAAGAUAACCAAAACUUAAUGGCAUCACAAGAUUCAGCGAGUUUGUGGAGUACUGAUAAAAGCUUCCAAAUGAAUCCUGAAGCAUUUAAUGUUUUACAAAGACCACCAGUGCUUGUAGAUGUAAACCAUGGUGAAAUUUCUCCUGUAAGAAAGAAAUUAGUUUAUGCCCCGAUAUCUCCUGUUCUUCAAACAGUUACACCUAUGAAAAUCACAAAUGUUUCAACAAUCGAAGAUGCUGUAGAAACUCCUCUUAUUAGUGAUGAUAUAUACAAUAAGUUUUCUAAAAAUCGUGGUCACUGGGAUGUGCAAGCUAGUAUAAAUAAAACUGAUACUCUUUUGAAUAAAUAUUGUUCACAUGUACAAAUUUAUAAUGAUGAGUCUUCAGAAGAUAAAGUCGAUAUUUUAUCAAAAUCAGAAACACCAAAAUCUACAAUUAAGACUGAUUCUUCUAAUAAUGAAUAUACACCUGCUAAAUCUAAUGAUGAUUCUAUGGGAACAAGUAAAACGAUAAUUCCUGUUAAAAUUUCUCCUCCUUUCUUAAGUAUGGAAAACAGCAAUAAUGCAAUGGAUAAUAGUAUAAAAAUUAUGGAAAAAUUAAAUUUAAAAAGUGAAGUAUGUCAAGACUUUAAGGGGCCUUUAUCAUUCGAAAACAAAAUAUCAAAAAUUAAAAAUAAAGUGAAACAGAAAUUUUGUGAUAACAUGAAAGAAGUUGAUAAGGAUUAUGUUAAUAGUGAAAUAGAAAAUAAGACUAAUAUCUCACAAUGUGCUCCUGCUUCACCAAACUUGUUUUCAGAUGAUGACUCCGACAAUAUGGAUAUUGAUAAUAGUAUAGAAAUGACAAAUAAACCAAUAAAGGCCGAUAAAAAUGAUACAUUACACCAGAAGGAUUCAGAAUUGUUAAGGAGAUUACAAAAGACUUUAAGUGGAGUGUUACCACCCCCUUCUGUAACCAUCACACAGCUAGAUUUAGGACAAAUUAUUGAUUUAUAUAAAAGCAAUUUAGCCAACGACCAAAAUUCACUAUUAAUGACACCUAAUAAAAAGGCUUCAUCUGAUGUCAUAUUAGAUAAUCAAAAUUCAUCCACACCACCAUCAAUGAAUUCAUGGGUUAGUCUUCCAGCUGAUUUUGGAACAAUUGAUCCAAUGCAAACAGAAUUACAAUCACAAGAUUCGAAGGAAACUAUAACUUCAUCACUUUUACCAAAAUCUUCAAAAAUGAAAUCUCUUCUAGUUUCAUGUACUUUUGAAGAAAUGAUAAAUGCUAGUUGGCCAGAAGUUAUGGACUGCAGAUAUCAUGGUGUACAUUAUAAUAGAAGUUCAGUAUCAGAAGAAUUCGAGCUGCUUUGUUUAAAAUUUUGUGAACGAUACAUAGGAGCAGAAACACAAACUUCUUGUACACUUGGCCUUAGACCACAAGUUAAAAAAAGUACAGUAUCCAGAUUUACACAAUCUCCAGGCAGGAGAUUAAGUCAUUUAGCUAGACGCAGACAAACUUUUAGUAGUGCAAAUUUGCAAGCUGGCUGCAGUUUGGAAAAUAAAGUUAAAAAACCUGUAGUUUCUGCACGUCAAAUCAUGCUGAGUUCAAGAAAUGAUAAUACAAAUCGUCGGAGAUAUAGACCUUUGCCAACUCGCAAAACUCCAAGUAGAAAAACUCCUGGAAAAAAGACACCUGGAAGAAAAACUCCUGGUAGGAAAACACCAGGAAAAAAAACACCAUGUAGAAAGACACCAAGGAAAACUCCAGGAAAGCAAACACCUACUACUUCAGCACGGAAAAGAAAUAUUUGUCGAAGAAUUAUUCUUGAUGAAAGUUCUUCAAGUUCAUCAAAACCAACAAGGGAAACUUCAAAACGUGCCUUAUUUCAAAGUCCAUCUGAAUCAUUUGAUAUUGAACAUUCUUCGACUUCAAAUUCUAGGUUUGAUAAUGGAUUUCCUCCUAGAAGAGCAUUAUUUCACAGUCCUGAGAAACAAGAUUCCACAAGUCUUAUGGAAAUAGAAGCCAAUACAAAUAUAAGUUGUGAUACAAGGAAGCGCAAGUUUUCAGAAAUAUCUGAUAGCACUUCAGAUAGUUCACCAAAAAGCAAAUUUCCUCGAAGUCUUUCAUUUAAUUCUGGUACUGAAAAAAAUUCUAAAAUUCUUACAAGGAGGUCAUCUGAAAAUAUUGUUGGCACUACAAACAAAUCCUUAAAUUCAGAAUUAUCUGAUAUACAUAGGAAAAAGUUACUAUGGGCUGUAGCAGAGGCCUUAAGAUCACAUAAUAUAGGAAUGAGCCAUCCACAAUUUAAAACACAUGCAGCUGUAUUAGCUCGAUUAACUAAAAAAUUAAUUUCAGAAGAUAAACAAAAAACUGGAUCUACUAGUGAAAAAAUGUUGAAGUUAGCAAAGUUACAUGUUUUCUCAGUAAUCAAGGGUAAAACAGUAGAAGAAAUCAUUAUAGAAGAACAUAUACGAAAAGCAAAAGCCUCAAGUUCUAAAGUAACUGGAUAUGUACCAUUGUCCGAAUAUGAGCAAAAUAAAAUUUCAGCUCUAAAUCAAAGAUUAAUCAAGCCGAUUAUUAAGGAUACAAAAGCUACUGCAAAUACAUUAAUUCAUCACACUAAUUCAAGUUUUGUUUCCAACUAUUCAUCAAUGAGCAGCAAUAUUUCACCUGCCAAAAGUGUUCUUCAAGACAAAAGCUUAAAUCUCGAAAACAAUAUUUUAGAUCCUAAAGUAAAAGCUCGUCGUCAAAUUUGCUUUGAUGAUUGCCCAAAGAGAUGACAAAGAAACCAUCAAAUAAUUGUACAUAUGUAAAUCAAUUAGGCAUUAUUUAUCAAUCUAGUUUUUAUCUGUUUUACAAAGAAGUUUAUAUUUAUAAUA